AGGACUUAGUGCAAUUUCAACCCAUUUAGUAGAUUGCUUGUUACUUCCAAGAUCAAGAGGUUCAUUUCAUUCGUUUACUUGUUGUAUAGAAGAAUCGGCAAGAUCAAAAGAAGCAGCAAGGCCUAGAGAAUCGAUAGUGCAAGAGAAUUAGCAAGGUGAAGCCAAUUGAGAUUACAAGAUGAGUUCGAUAUUAAGAUCAAGUAUAAAGCCAAUUAGAAGAACCAGUCAUAUAUAUCAUAAGCCACUACAACAAUGUAAUAGAACGUUCAUCAAACUAUCAUGUCAUCGAAAUAAACAAGGAUCCUUUGGAACAGCCCUUGAAACAGCUGAGAAAAUGGUUCAGCCAACAUCAUCCAAGACCUUUAACGAUCCAUUUUCAAUAGUUAGUCAUGAAAUGUCGAAUUUAGCCAAGUCAAUUGCAAAUUUGAUUGGAUCAGGCCAUCCAACAUUGAACCGAGUUUCAUCCUACUAUUUUGAGGCUGAAGGAAAGAAUGUUAGACCAUUAAUUAUUUUAUUAUUAUCUAAAUGUUUGCUGGAAAUACCAAUUGAAAAAAGAGAUCGUAUUCCUAUUGAUACUGAAGAUGUUAAUACCCAAGCUUAUUUUAGAGGCACUCCACCUCAAACCUCAAUUGCUGGGAAUUCUGUUGAUAAUUCAAUGAGUCCCUUGGCUAUAUUACACGGAAUUAAUCCAAAAGUUAUAUUGGAUCCAUUAUCAAAACCCAUGGAAGAUUUACCGCAAUUUGAAAAUGUUAAUGGGAUCUUACCAAAACAACGUAGAUUAGCAGAAAUUGUGGAAAUGGUUCAUACUGCAUCUUUAUUACAUGACGAUGUUGUUGAUUUAUCUGAUUCAAGACGUGGUAGACCAACUGGUAAUAUUGCUUUCACUAAUAAAAUGGCAGUUUUAGCGGGUGAUUUUUUAUUGGGACGUGCUUCGGUUGCAAUUGCAAGAUUGAGAAACCCAGAAGUUGUCGAAUUAUUUUCAACCAGUAUUGCUAAUUUAGUAGAGGGGGAAUUUAUGCAAUUGAAAAAUACUGUGAUCAACUCGAAUGAAGAUGUGGUUAUCAAUGACGGUGAAAAAAAAUCAAUUCCUAAAAUGACCGGGAAAGUUCCAACUAAACAACAUGAUUAUUCAGUGAAAGCUCCAAAUGACGUUGAUCAUGAAACAAACGUUAGAGCUGCUUUUGAAUAUUAUUUACAUAAAACUUAUUUGAAAACGGCUGCUCUUAUGUCAAAAUCUUCUCGUUGUGCUGCUAUCUUAAGUGGUGCCCAUGAUGAUAUAAUCGAUAAUUGUUAUGACUUUGGUCGUAAUUUAGGUUUAUGUUUCCAAAUCGUCGAUGAUAUGUUGGAUUAUACUUCAAGUGAAAAAGUUUUCGGUAAACCAAGUCAAGCUGAUUUGAAAUUAGGUUUAGCAACCGCUCCAGUUUUAUUUGCUUGGAAACAACGUCCAGAAUUAGGUGAUUUGAUUGCAAGAAAGUUUGAUCAACCUGGUGAUGUGGAAAUUGCUAGAAAAGCCGUUGAAGAAUGUAAAGGUUUAGAACAAACUAAAAUAAUGGCUGAAGAUUACCGUAAUAAGGCUUUGGAAAACUUACGUAAGUUACCAGAAUCCGACGCUAGAAGUGCUUUAGAAUUCUUAACCAAUUCUAUCGUAACCAGAACUAAAUAGAUAAACCGUAUUAUAUCUUAUAAAUAGUAUCCUAUUAAAAUAAAUAGACUAAAUUAUUG